CGGCGAUCACAACAAAGAUCAUCGUGAAGCUGUCGAAAAAAUAGCCGAGCGUUAUGUACGUGAUUCAAAAUUUGAAAUCGUACAACUAAAAGAAACUACCCAACUGAAACAUAACAGUUAUGGUCUAAUCAAGGUAUUACUACCGCGGUAGCCGAUUUUAAACCGACAUAUUUUGUCAAUAUGAUAUUUGGUGGAUAUGUAAUGACCGAUCAUACGUAUGAUGAAAAUGUUCAAUAUAUUGCUGAAUUACCCAGACUGGAAGAAAAUGAAAUCAACAAAUGGGUUUCAGAACUAAAUUCCAAAGCAAACCAGUCACCAAAUAAAUAUCAACGGUUCGACGGCUCAUUCCGAGAUAAGAUUGGUAUUAAUAUCGUUAGAAAACAAAUACAAAAACUAUGGCAAACAGCAUUUAGUGCAGCUUUACCGAAACUAAAUUCGGUCAUCAGUCAACAAUUGAUACUAGCAAAACAAAAAUACGCUGAAUUAUUGAAACAAUUUUCGCAACAGGAUACAUCAACCAUACGUGAAAUUUAUGGAGAUUAUGUCAGAGAAUUUGGUUCAAGUAUGUGUGAUUAUAUGGCGUACCGGUCGGAAAUUGAUUUUUUUUUCCCAACACCUAAAGCCGGUACUUCCUAUGAAGAAAUUGAACAUGAUUUCAAAAAUGAUUGGGAACGACACCAUCCGCUGGAAUGGAGUGCCUAUUUGACGUCUCAACAGAUAGAAGAAAAACAAUGUGAACUAAUACCAAUACUCAAAUUGAAACUAUUAGGUGCGAGACAAUUUUUACGUUUACAACAAGUUUUUUCUUAUAUGAUAUUAGCAUAUGAACCACGUAAAUUGACACGAGAUAUAAUUGAAAUAUCAGAAUCACAUUUGUAUGGUGGAAUUGAUGAUAAUGAAAAUUUAGCUAAAGCUGUUAGAGAACGCGUCCGAUCAGGAAUACGUGAAACAUUUUUAAUUGGUAUUUGUUGUUUAACGCAAAUGUAUAGAUACAUAUUGGAUACAUGUAAACAAGAUAUUAAACAUUAUUUAUUACAAUCACGACCACAUUUAAUUGACCACAGCAAAUUUUUAAGUUUAUUCGAUUUAGAAUAUCAUCGAAUCGUUCGUCAGCUGCUGCUUGAAGCAGUACAAUCAGUUAAACAUGCGCGUAAUAUAAGUACAUCAUACAUUGUGUGUGAUAUAACAGCACGUAUUAAAAAGCUGGCAUUUUCAAUUCCAACUGAAAUCAAACAACCAUAUUUUGAGCAGAAAAUACCCGGUUUAACGAGCACGAACAAUGACGAAGACGAAGUAAACGUAGCUGAUAUAUUUAAAGCAAUACCAUGCCCCAAAAUACUUGAUU